GUUAUAAAUGACAAUGACAAACGAUCAUAUUCAGUUUGACAUCCUUGAAAUUAAAAGUCCAUACUAGAGAUUUUGUUGAAGAUUGUUUUUAAGUACCUAAUAGUGUUAAAUAAGGAUUUUGUGUUAUUCCUUUUGCUCCAAUCGAAAUAAGAGUUUUAAUAAUUGUUGCAUACCUGCUAAACGAUGCCUUGUCCAUUCCUCUCAAAAUUGAGUACACAAUACGUGCAAACUUAUGCCGUACUUCUACUGCAAUUAUAUGGUAAACACUGUCCUAUUAUAUCCAGAAUAUUAUCAAGUGCUGCUAAAAAUAAAGAUGGUUUCUUUGACUACGAUAAUUUCUUCGAUCAGCAAAUAUUUAAGAAAAAGAAGGAACAUUCCUACAGGGUAUUCAAAACGAUCAACCGCCUGGCAGGGCCGUGUGAGUUUCCGACAGCCAUAGAGUACUCUUACAAACAUGCUCAGAUAAUUGUUUGGUGUUCAAAUGAUUAUUUAGGAAUGUCUUCCCAUUCUGAAGUUAAAGCGGCUGCCAGUAAAGCUCUGGAACUUUACGGAACUGGAGCUGGAGGUACUCGAAAUAUUUCGGGAAAUUCGCUCCUUCACGAACAAUUGGAACUUCAGCUUGCCCAGUUGCAUAAGAAAGACGCUGCUUUACUUUUUACAUCUUGUUUUGUUGCUAACGAUUCUACCUUGUGUACUUUGGCUCAAGCCUUACCAAAAUGUCAAAUUUUUUCUGAUUCUGGAAACCACGCAUCGAUGAUCCGUGGUAUUAGUAACAGCCGGGUACCAAAGCAUAUAUUUAAGCACAAUGAUCCGGUACAUUUAAAACAUUUACUUGAAACUGUAGAUCGAAGCAUUCCCAAAAUAGUGGUAUUUGAAACUGUACAUUCAAUGUCUGGAGACGUGGUUCCGUUGGAGGACUUUUGUGAUAUUUCACACCAAUACGGUGCGCUUACUUUUGUCGAUGAAGUACACGCGGUUGGUUUAUAUGGUGAACAUGGUGCAGGAAUUGGAGAAAGAGAUAAUGUUAUGCACAAAAUCGACAUUAUAGCAGGGACACUAGGUAAAGCGUUUGGUACUAUGGGUGGAUAUAUAGCAAGCACUAAUGCUUUAACUGACAUGGUAAGAUCUUACGCACCAGGCUUUAUAUUCACUACUUCAUUACCUCCAGCCGUUGUUGCUGGUGCUCAUAAAUCAAUUGAAAUUUUAUCUUCGCAAGAAGGAACAAUUUUAAGACAAAAACAUCAAACGAACGUCAAAUAUUUAAGAAACUUAUUAAUAGCGAAAGGUUUUCCUGUUGAACCUACUUCAAGCCAUAUGAUCCCCAUAAAAAUCGGAAAUCCUGUUAAAUGUAGUGCUAUUUGUGAUAUUUUGCUUAAAGAAAAGGGACACUAUAUCCAAGCUAUUAAUCACCCUACAGUGGCUAAGGGAGAAGAACAAUUGAGACUGGCUCCAACGCCUCAUCAUUCCAAAGAAUUAAUGGAUAGAUUAGUGGAGGACUUAAGUGAUGUAUGGUUUCACUUGGGACUUUCUUUGAUCGACCAAAGCAAUAAAGUAAGCUCUGUAUUUCAAAAUAGAAUUUAGCGCAUUAUUCCAAAUGUUUUCGUUUUAUAAAUAGUUACUAUUUGUAUAAACAGUACUUUUGUAAAAAGGAACAUGCUUUCUUAAAUAUAAAAUAGAAUUUAGUG